GGCUGUUCCCACUAGAUGUCUUACGCCCCACAAAAAACAAUACUCCGAUUACCAUUGUUUCGCUUCCUCAAUGAUCGAUCAUCAUUGUAAUUAACGGACAGCAUCUACCUGACCACAUGGUUGUGUUAUAGAAUAUUUUAGGUCGUGUCAUCAGCGCGGGAAAAUGAUUUCAUGACAGAACAUUGAUUUUGCUUCCUCCCGAGGGCGCUUCAUACAACAGCGGUUAACAGUUCCUAAACAUUUUAUUUGAAUAUGGCGAAACUGUCCAGGUACGUGUUUUCGGAGGUGUAGUGUGACAAUCAUUUCUGUGGAUUUUCAGUGUGUGUGAAAAUGUGAAUUUUCUAAGAUUGUCAUGGUUUUAUCAUGCCUUUGGGAGAACGAAUUGUUACACCUGUGAAUUUGGGGAGAUCCCCCAUAAAAAUUGACCAUGGGGACAAGAGAAAUCUGCAACAUGCAGUGACAUCGAACGCCCUCGUGGGGAUCCUUCAUCAGCUGGCCAGUGUGGUCCGAUUAGCAGACGACAUCUUCUGUGAUAUUUCAGAGGAAUGCCAAAAAGUGUUCGAAAAGUCGGAACGUAUUAGCAGAAAAAUUACAUUUGUGGAACAGUUUGUCAAAGACCUUGAUGCCAAAUCGGUUACUAUACCUGUUGGUGACCUGACUAAGUUUAGCCAUUGUCAUGACCAUCAUGUUGCCAAACAUGGAUUUGACUGUGACCUUUUCACCUCGGAUAACCGUCCCCACUGUAUACAGGACCACUACAUGCUGUGUGAGACUUCCCCAGGGAAGAUCAUGCGAGGAGCGGACCUGUACAGGAAAGAUGGACUCUGCACAUCAAGACUGUUCAAACUUUGGCCAGUUGCUCUCAAUGAACCCAAGAUCUCCUCCCCUGACUUCAACCUGCCAAGAAGGUCACAAGAUGUGUUUACUUUUGAGAAGAAGUACAAAAAGUUGAAAUUGAAAGAACGGAGGAAAACAAUUCACAUCACUGGUGAACUCUUCCCCGCAGAGAAGAAAGAUCAAGCAAAGGAGGAGAAAGAAGAAGAAAACAAGCCAUGUGACAUAGUGAUACCUCCAUCUGAAGUGAUAAAAAUAGACACCUCAGGGACGGGGUUCCAUCGCAUGCAGUCCUUUAGGAAGGUCCUAGCAAAAAUAGAAUAUGAGGAUGUCAAAAAGAAGAAAAGAAGGAGAACUGUUUCUGGUGUGUCUGAAAGUAUUCUGCAGGAAAUUGAAAAGUUUGAACAGAAGCGAGUAAGUACAAGUGGGCGAGAUCAUGUUAGGGACUAUAAUUUUGAAGAUUUGGAUGUUCUGGAAAUUGAGGUUCCAAGGGACGAGGAAAUGGCAAAGUAUCUGGAUGAAAUUGAUGCCAAAAUUGAAGAGAGAAAGGAGGAUGAGAGAUUGUUCAAGGAACCGAAAAUCAUGAAAUUUUUUCCGUGUCGUAGAUCAAAAUCGCUUCCAAGAUGUGCCAAGUUGAAUUCUGCGAAGGCCCUAAUUGAACGAAAAUCUCAAAUUGCUGGACUAAAUGAAAGUGAGCUAAGCCUGAAUAGUAACCACUCGAAUGACAGUCGGCAAUCCCGUCUCACUAAACGUGGCAGCAUCAUCAGUAAUAAAAUUAAAUCUUUGGUGCGGAGCAACAGUGGGAACAGACUUGUAGAAAAAAUCCACAAAUCGCGACCAAAGUCCCUAGACCUUGACGCAAUAGACUUUGAGGUUUCUAGUCCCUCAAACUUGGCUAAAAUGCCCAGUAUGCCUGAUAACAUGUUGACCAGAAAAGAAAUGAACUUGAGGGUGGGUCCCGGGACAUACUAUGGAUUUGAGACUGAAAGUAAUACGUUACCCAAGCGCAAUAUCAAGAGAAAUGAGUUUCCCUGGGAGUCCAUGCCUAAGGACUGGACAACUUCAGUCAAGUUGAGAGAAAUUUCCAAGAGGCAUUCUAGUUAUACAGAUCGGCAGUCUUCCUCAGGUCAUUGGAGUGGCAGUAGUAGUAAUCGACACUCUUUAGACAGUGACCACGUUGUGAAAACUGAGACCAUUCCCAACUCCACGUCGCAGUAUUCCCUUGGUAACGACUCAGGACGAGACUCGCCAAUUCCUCCAGAAAGCAGGUGUGGGACAGAAUCAACUGGAGGCUAUACUGGGGAUGAUGCCAGCACAGUAGCGGGGGAUGUGAGCUCUGUUGUAAAUGCUAAACUUGACACAGAGACCUGGCUGAAGAGUCUGGCUGUCCGAGCCCUGGGGCGGGAGGAGGUCACCUCCAGUAGUGCAGAGACCAUAUCCUCCCUCACAAGACUGACCAAGAAAAACAUCAUGGCACUGGACCUGAUGAUGUCCUCACCACAGAAAAGACCCCUACCAUGUGAUGAUGGGGAAUCGUCAGUUUAUUCAGUGGAUCAGGAAGGCUUUUAUACGUCCUUCCACAAUGACAGUGGAUUAAGGAAGAGCAGUGCCACACUCGUGGAUGAAGAUGAGGAGGAAGAGGAAUUGUCUCUUAGUAAAGACUCCCAGAGUCUUUGCAGUGUUGACAGUGUGAUCCAUAAUCCCGAGGGAGGAGAGAAAUUUGCUGGGGCUAAGACGAACAGUGGGAAGAUUAUAAACAAAGUAAGCCCACCAGCUCCACCAAAGAGAACCAGUUCCUGUCCAGGGGUGGAUCCAAAAUCUCCACAUGAUUCUUCUUCUUUUUCUGAUACAGACCAGGAGGCUAUGUCAUCAAGGCUGAUCUCAAAGACUCAGAUAUCUAAAACAUCCAUUCCAUCCCUUUGUGUAAUGAGUGAUGAAGACAUCUCACUAAGUAGACAGACUUCAAUAGAAGGUGAUCCCACAGUGAAUAAAAAUUCCAGUGAAAGUGUUGCUAGUGAAAAUAAUUCUCUUGGAAAUUCAACAAACCCUUCCUCAUUUUCUCAUUUCGAGGGGAAGGGUUCUUUAGACAACACAAACACAGCAGCUGAAAAUGUUUACUGUCAGACAUUGCCAAAAGGAUUCCACUCCAACUCAAAAGAUACCCAACCUUAUGACUAUACAAAAUCUUGGCCACGGUGUAUGAACAAGAAGUCAAAUGAAGAUCAUCCAAAGUCAGGAAUUCUGAAAAGUACAGAUCGAUCAAUGAGUGGACCAAAGACACCAAAGUCUCUGAACUUUUCACCUGUCAUCAAUAUGUUCAACCCAGGAAUGCCACUGUCCCUUCAGCUUCCACUUGUCUCUUCUCCAACUUCCUCUGAAGAUGGGGGAAAAGAAACCAAAGUUGCUGACUUAUCUGAAGAAGGAGUGUAUAAACUGACAGUCCAAGAAGAAAGGAAAGACAUACCACUCAAGUAUCAUCCAACUCUAGUGGUUAAACCUGGUGCUCGCGCUCAGUCUUCAGAAAGGAAAUCUCAGGAGUCUCAAAAAGUGCCUAGUGAAAAAGAAACUGUGAAAACACUUUCCUUCGAAAAAACCCAGGAGGGUCAUUAUCCAACUUGUACAAAUGUCCCCAUUCAUAAUGGCACUCUCUUAAAUCAAACUGCAUCAAAUUCAUGUACAAGUUUUUCUGGAAUGUACAGCACUAGUUCAUUUGGCAGCAUCAACUCACUGGAAUCAGCAGGGUCCAUGUCUCUUAGCAACAGCUUAACCUAUGUCACCAGGGAGAGCACAUGCAGUUCCCCAAAUUUAUCCAACCUGGAUGUUCCCAUGAUGAACACCCCUACUGGAUCAUUUGAAUCUCUCUCAGAGCAGUCCACCUUCUCUGGUUCUGUUCAGAACCAGUAUAGUUAUAUUAGUGACAAUUCCAACUUUAGUUCCACAAUUGAAACAAUAGCCAUAACAACAACUUGCCUGGAUUCUUUUAAUGAAACUCAAGCAGAAAAUCAAUCAUUCCGGACUUUUUCUGGACCACCAAUGUCAACAUCUACCCCUCACUCUUCCGUAUCAAGAAUGGAAAACCAUUCCAGAAAUUGGGACACUCCUCCUGAAAGGUUCAAAAAUUCGGAACCAACUUAUAAACCAGCUGAGAGGGGCAGGAGAAGAACUAAGCAAGCACCUGCUCAGCCAUCAGAACCAGAGAGAAAAAUGAAAUCUACAACUUCACUCCCUGAACACAUGGUGAACUAUACCAGCACCAAAUACCAAGAAAGGACCAGAAACUAUAAACCAACAAAGCAGGCUCCUAGCAAUAGCAAGAGAGGUGCAGUGGUAAAUGUCAUGAACUUGAAUAAUAGUGCCUCUAAUUAUGGUGGCUCUAACUAUGCAGAGGAAUCCUCCAAUAGAACAGACUCUUACAGGGUAGCCAUGGCAGAACCCACCAAUGACAGAAACUCUCACAAAGGACCCCCUGCCGAACCAUCCAACCGUACAGAUUCUUACAGAGUGGCAAUGGGGGAAGGUAACAGCUAUAGAACAGGAUCAUACAGAGUGGCCAUGAGAGAAAGUUUGAGCUGUCCAUCCUUCCAGCAAAGAGUUAAUAACCCACCUCCUUCCCUAAGCAAUCAAAAUUCCUACAGUGGUUUGACAGAUAGUUACCCCCCACCUACCUCCAAUGACGACUACCUGAUGGACUGCACACGGACAGACUCGUACAGAGUGGCUGUACGUAACAAUCAGGGAGUAGUGAAUAAUGAACUGGUCCAGAGGAAUUCAUCAUACAGAGUGGCAGUAAAUGACAUGGAACCCAUAAUGGCUGACUCUAGGAUGAACGGUCUGGAUGCGGGAAGUGAACUGGUCAGUGGAAGGGAUUCACGUCGGAUGGGAAUAACUAAUAUCGACCAAGUGAAAGAUAUUUCCGGUGGCAAUCAGGGGACUAAGAUUAUUGGAGGGGUUGAUGUUUCAAAAAUAGAUACCAGCAAAGUUGUGAGACGCCGUCCAAAGACCGAUGUGGAUCCUAUAUCGGUCAUUUCAAGUCGUGAUGCCAGCAAGAAUGCCAACAAAAGUCACAAAAGCAAUAGCAAGAGGCACAGCACCUCAUCCACAUACAUUAAGUUUGAUCCGAUAUUCGAGGUCGGAGAGGAUAUGAUGUUGUCUAUGGAAUCCCUGAAAACGGGAUCAAACUCAUCCCUCAAAAUGUCCUCGGAUUUCGUGGACCAUGGGUAUGGAUUCAACAAGGAGGCUGUGAAAGUUGGCAGCAGUGGAAGUCAGAAGUACCCCAGUGAAAAAAGUAGUUCUUCCUUAAUUGGCUCCAUUAAAAGUACUUUGAAAUCAAUGUCUGGAAAUUCAAAACAGAACAGUUCUAACAGCGAAGAUGACUGGAGGUUUUCUAUGGUGUGAAUCAAAAUUCCAGAAUUUCCUAAUUUCGGAAAUUUCCAAAAAUUUAUGGAAAAUAAAAAAUUUCAUCAAACAUUCACUCCCUGUGAUGAUAAUGUUUCCAUGACAAAAAUUUUUCCAGUUUACAUUGAAAAGUGCCAUAUGCAAUAUUUCUAAAAAAAAAAUUAUCAAUGAACUGUUACUUUACCCUCGUUAUUCAUUGUUUUAAAAUUUUGUAUGAAAUCUGUUCUAUAU